AUGGAGCUGCUGGAGAACGAGACGGAGAAGGCAACAGAUGAGGAGGAAUUCAAGUUCUACCAUGGUGUCACCUUCCUGGCAGAUGUGGAAAUGUGUGCGGAGUGGUGCUCCAUGAUCGAAGAAUGCAAUAGCUUCGAGUUUGCAGAGUUUGAAGAACAGGAAGACUGGGUAGAUUCACCUCUCGGUCUAUGUUCGCUCUAUGAACAAAAGGAACCAGAUGCUGAAGUUGAAGAAGAGGACAUGGACAUGGAGGAGCGCUUGAGGAGUUUCACGAUCGAUGAAGAUGAUGUGCCCCUCAUCACUGAGUUUGAUGGUCUAGAGUUGGAUUAG